AUGUUUGCUUUCAAUAUCCCAGUUGUUGUGCUCUUGGGCCUGGGUUUUUAUGCCGUGGCCAAGGUCGUGCACGCCCUCUUUCUGCACCCUCUCGCGAAAAUCCCUGGCCCACCUCUUGCAGCACUCUGCGAUUACUGGGUGUCUUUGCAUUGGAUCAAGGGGACAUGGCCAUGGGACGUGGAAGCAUUGCACCAGAAAUACGGGCCGGUCGUUCGCAUCGCGCCAAACGAGCUUUCUUUCUGCGGCGUAGAGUCCAUCAAAGAUAUCUACGGUACUCUGAACGUGGCUGCUCCCAACUUCUUCCCCAAAUCAGGCACCUUUUACACGCAAUCCGACACAACCGUUUCAUCAGUGGGCACCGAAGUGGACCCCGCGAAGCACCAGGCGACCCGCCGGUCGAUUGCCCCGGGAUUCAGCGCACCGACGCUCAAGGCACAGAGUCAUAUCGUCAUCGGAUACGUGAACAUGCUUGUAGAGCAGAUCCGCAAACGAGAGGGGACGCCCCUGAACAUGACCGACUGGUACAUGUGGCUUGCUUUCGAUGUCAUCACCGAUCUGAGCUUCGGAGAGUCGCUGGGAAACGUGAAGGACGGCGAGGCAGACCCAUGGCUUGCAAUGCUCGCCGGCAGCGGCCCCGCUGUGGCCGUUGGAUUCGUGCUGCGGCGACGUCACCCCGUGGUUGUCAACCUGGCCCGCUGGCUGCUCACGAAUGAGAAGAGCAAGCAGAUGCGCGCGUUGCACCUGGAAAAGGCCCGCGGAAUGGCGCAGAAGCGGCUAGCCAAGGUGGGCAGCGACGAAGGUGGCCGCGCCGACAUCUUCAGCCAUCUGCUGAGCGCCAAAGGGACGACAGUGGAAUCCGAAUGGCUGUCGAUUCAAGGCUCGACGCUGGUGGCGGCUGGGACUGAGACGACCUCAACCUUCUUAUCCGCACUAACCUUCUAUCUGCUUACGCACCCGGACAAGCUACGCGUGCUUCAGGAAGAGGUGCGUGCCUCAUUCGCCCGCCGGGAGGACAUCAAUGCCGAGAGCGUCAAGCCCCUGCGUUAUCUGCAGGCUGUCAUAGAAGAGGGACUGCGUAUCUUUGCGCCUGCACCAUUUGGCCUGCCACGUGUGUCACCCGGUGCAACAGUCGAUGGCGUGUGGGUGCCCAAAGGCACGAUAGUGGCCACGGCCGCCCACGUUACUUCCCGCGAUCCACGCUACUUUCUCGAGCCUGACCAGUUCCAUCCGGAGCGGUGGCUGCCUUCGUCCUACCCGUUGUUCGAUCCGCGGUUUGGUGGCGACAAGAAAGAGGCCUCCAAGCCAUUCUCCAUCGGCCCGCGGUCUUGCAUUGGCAUGCAGCUCAGCUACAUGGAAAUACGUUUGUGUAUUGCGAACCUUGUCUGGGCCUUCGACUGGGCCCAGUCUGACAAGAACGAGCAUUUUAUCGGGGCUGAAGUGCGGGGAGUUGACCUCAACGACAUCAGCGACAGCGACAUAGAGACCCUGCGAGAAGCUAUCUGGGAACACAAGGUCAUCGUCAUCAAGAAUCAACACCACCUCGAUCCGGCAAACCAGGUUUCUCUAGCCCGAAGGCUUGAUCCAACCUCAGCGGUGCGGGAUCAUGCAGACUGGAUUGCCAACAUCCACCCAGAGCCCGAAAAGCUGCUUAAGAUGCUCCCGAUCCGCUCAGUUCCCGGACAGGAGCUCGUCCACAUCAUCGGUAAAGGGUACGUGGACUCGCACUACCACAUCCAGAACGAGACGCUUCGCGGCGGCUCGCACGACUUCCAUGCGAAGCCGUACUCGCGCGACGAGUUCGAGCAGCACGGCCGCACGCGCUUCCACACUUGGCACAUGGACGCGCCGUUUUACCGACAGCAGCCGGCGCACUUCACUCUACUACGCGCCAUACGGCUGCCCCGCGGCCCAGACCUGACAGUGCAUUGGGACGACGGCAGCGGCUCGACGCUCAAGGUGAGGCCGGGCGCUACGGCCUUUGUUAGCACAGCACAGCUGUACGAGGAGUGCCUGACGGACGACGAAAAGGCCCGUUUCGAGCGCUCGUACGUCGAAUACCGUCCUUUCUGGUACCUGUGGGCCAGCAGAGCCCGCGGCCAGGCAAACGGUAUCGGGCUGGUGAGCGAAGGGCGCGAGUUGUCCGAUGAGGAGAUGGGUGAGAUUGGUGAGCCGCGUGCUGAGUUCAGACAGAGGCACCCCAUGGUUUGGGUGAAUCCGUCGACAAAGCAGAAACACCUGCAAGUCCAUCCCGAUGCGGCUCAGAAGCUCGUGCUCUGGAAGGGAUCAUCGGAAGAGCCGGAAGUGAUUGAAGAUGUAGAAAAGGUCAGGCGAUUCAUCAUUGACAUCUACAGCCGCAUCGUUAAGCCCGAGUACGUCUUUGCCGAAGGCCCAGCAGAGGAGGGCGAUGUUGUGGUCUGGGACAACUGUGGGGCAAUGCACACACGCGUUGAUUACCCAGCCCAUUAUGGCACCAGGCUCAUGCAUCAAGUUUUCUUGAACUCGAAAACUGCGCCGAUUGGGCCUGUGAACGUGGCAUCAAUGGCGUAG